CUUGUCCACUCCAGCAAACAGGACAUUGAAGAUCCCGUCCUCGAGCCCGAAGGACAACCGCAUUCCCACGCCAGCACUGAAACCGCCUCCCGCUCCCGUUCUGACAACCAUGGAAACCAUGGAAUCCUCAGACAUCCAAUAUGGCACCCCAAUCGAGCUGGCACCCAAAAUCAUCCACCGCUUCUACGAGCCUAUCAUGCUCCUCGAAGCCCUCAAGGAACCCGUCGGCAAACCAUCAUCUGCUCCCCCCCAGCCCAUGCGCGUUGACGACGAGAAUCCCAAACAGCUCUUCCAAGCCUUCGUCUACAAGCUUGCCCAUGUCUGCGAUUGGGAAAAGGGAGGAAAGACGGUAACUUCUAUCAUGGUCCUCGACACUACCAAUGUGUUGACGGAUGAGCCGGAGUUCACCUAUGUGUUUGGUGUCAACCAAGCUACGCCUCACCAUCUGAAGCGCACGGCUUCAUUUCUGCAUACAGUUCUGCAAAAGGUUGCUAGUGCUUCGCCGGUUAGUGAGGCCGAGGCGAGAAAUGCGGCGGAGAGGGAGCUGAGGCAGAUAGUUCUGAGGUUCAAUCGGCCGAGAGUGAGGUUCUACCUCAAGUCAUUGAGGGACAAAGCAGAGGUGUGUCUGAGGCAAUGUCUGGCCGAAGACAAGAAGGAGGAUCGUGAGAUUGCAAAAGGGCUGCAGGACUUGCUCGAGUCGGAGGACUAUACGGACACGGACAUGACGCCGGAGGCGGAGUACGAUCAAAAAUGCAAAAACAUUUCCCACCAACUCACCACCAUCUUCUCCUCCAAACGCCUCAAAGACAUACUUGCUGCCCGCGCAGCCGCCGGCCGCACCGCCAUGACCGGCCACACCAGCAUGGCCUGUUGGUCCGAUCUCGUGCACACCGCCCAGCGUAUUCUUGCCUACCGCGGCUCGGUGUACUACUUCUUCCGAGCCCGGGACGGAUGGCCACAGCUCUUCCAGAACAACCCCCGUAUUGUCGCCCUUCCCUCCGGCGACCUCCAAGACACGCCCCGACGAAACAAGUCUAUGAAAGCCGAGGGCAUCGUAGGCCGCAUGACCUCCAACGAGAAACUGAUGGCCAUCUUCAAGCGCUUCGUCCAAGACUUGCAGAUCCUCGAUCUGGACACAAGACUAGUAGAUGCCUACGAGAAAAACACACCAUUAGCCGUGCACUCCGAAGUGCUGCUACACCAUUGGCUGCUCACCGAUCGCGGGAAAGGCGAAAUUAGUCCGACCAUGUUUUUCAACUCAUGGCCUUACAUCGGCUCGAGCAAGCCCACUUGCAAAUUAUGCAAGUACUACUUUGAAGAGUCGCGCUCAGGCGUCGAGGUUCGACCUUCGCACGGGAACUUGUAUCCCAAGUGGCGAUUACCAGACGUUUACGACUUUCACGGCCCAGAUGCCGUAAAAAGGAGGCAGAUCAUGCUGGACCGCAUCCUGCAGCGCGUCAGGACCGAAGUCUUCAACGCCAUCAAGAUGAAGAGCCCUUUGAGCUACAAACCAGAGGACUCAAACACCUGGUCAGCCACGAUGCACCUGGAUGACCGAUGGACGCAGAACCAGACGGACGCCGGGACAGAUGCCGGGACGAGGGCAGGGACGGUGGCGGAUUGGGCCGAGAAUGCGUCUGUGAUCGUGCAUCGCGCUGAUGCAGAGCCGGCGCCGGGGAUUAUCAAUGAUGUGGACAGUGUUAAAUCGGACGUCCUGGAGGUCAGUGUGGAGGACCUCCGGGGCUGUCCUCCACAGGAGGAGGUCGACGAGGCUGAUGUGCGGACUCAUACGGGAAUGGAGCAGGAGGAGGUCGACGAGGCUGAUGUGCGGACUCAUACGGGAAUGGAGCAGGAUGAGGAGGAGGAGGAUGAUGACGAUGGGGGAGGAGCGGUUCUUUAGUCCUUGAAAGGGUGGCCUUUCUUGGUCGGAAGUUCGUGUAUCGGAUGCAUUCUUGCCCUCUCAGGGCCACAUCAGCUAUCCAACCAUCCAAAUGCCCCUCCCAAGCCUUUUUGCAGGAUGAUCGUCUUCGGAUGGAUGGUUUUUGCAGAACGUCCGGGUUUAUCCACGUAUCGCACUUCAUAUCCGGGUUUAACGUCGAAAUAUCGUACCGUUGCCACA